GAAUCGUUUUUAGUAACACGUCCAACAAUUCUUCAAAAAAUAUACAAAAUAGUAUACAAAAUAAUUACCUAAAAAUGCAUUAGAUAGCAAUUCUAGAUAAACAGUCAUAUUUGUUUUAAAUUUUAACCCUAAAUCUCUAAUGUUCACCCGGUUGCAGUUUAAGAAUUACAACGCAAUAAUACUAAAAUCAUAGAAUUAGUAAAAAUCGUUAAAAAUUGUAUGUUAUUUCAAUGGUCAGAUUUCAUGUUCAGUAUGUCUUUAAAUUUCGGCAAAACCGUUAAACCGGAAAACUUAAUAAUAACAUAUGUUAUAUAUAUUAAAUUAGCUAAUACAAAAUAGUGAUUGAUAUGUGGACAAAUGUACUACUCGUCUUAUUUUUGAAUUGUAAUUAGUGAAACUAUAACGUGGUGAAAGUGCUUGUUAGUUAAUUACUGAUGUGCGACCCCUUCCCAAAGCAUGUGAAAAAUGGCGUCUUUAGAAUGCUAGAUUGGUCGCAAAAAAAGAGUGAACUUUAAGAGAUGAUUGAUCCAUCAUCUUCGGAGGAAGACAGUGAGGAAGAACACGCACCUUCCUCUACAGGACCCCAACAUGGUGGCCUUCCGCAACAUGGAGGUGUUCUUCAAUCCAAACGGACAGAAACAUCUCCGUACCAUUACCAUACUCCUGUAUCUGAGUCAAGCGGAAAUUUGGAAGUACCCAACAGUAAUCUGUCACGUUGCUUAUCGCCAUCCAGUGCUGUUUCUGCUGAAACAUUAAGUCAGAGUGUAGGAUCAUCGAGAGCUAAUUCUUUACCACGACCCACUAGCCCUUCGCCUUCUGUAGCUUCGGAAAAAACUGAGGUCGACCUUCAAGAAAAGCAAGAACGGGAGGAAGAAGAGCGAAAAAGACGUAUCCAGCUGUAUGUUUUCAUUUCCCGAUGUAUUGCUUAUCCAUUCAACGCGAAACAACCUACCGAUAUGACCAGAAGACAAAUGAAAAUAACUAAACACCAAUUAGAAACUAUAACAGCUAGAUUUCAGAGUUUUCUUAAAGGAGAAACCCAAAUAAUGGCGGAUGAAGCAUUUCAGAAUGCUGUCCAAAGUUAUUAUGAUGUAUUUUUAAAAUCGGACAGAGUUGUUAAAAUGGUACAGUCUGGCGCCUGUUCACAGUAUGAUUUCAGAGAAGUAUUUAGGAAUAACAUCGAAAAACGUGUCAGAUCUCUGCCUGAGAUGGAAGGUCUAAGUAAGGAAACCGUAUUCACAUCAUGGAUGGCUAAAUUCGAUUGCAUUUUGAAAGGUUUAGGAGACGAGGAUUCCAAAAGGCCGUCAAGAAUGCAACAACAAUCUUUAAAUUCUGAAUUAAUAUUGUCGAAGGAACAAUUGUACGAUAUGUUUCAGCAGAUACUGGGUGUAAAGAAAUUUGAACAUCAACUGUUGUUUAACGCACUUAUGUUGGAUUCGGCGGAUGAACAGGCUGCAGCAAUUCGUAGGGAAUUAGAUGGAAGAAUGCAAAAAGUUUCUGAAAUGGAAAAGAAUCGGAAGUUAAUGCCGAAAUUUGUAUUGAAAGAAAUGGAAUCAUUGUACAUAGAGGAAUUAAAAUCAUCGAUAAAUCUUUUAAUGGCUAAUUUGGAAUCUUUACCUGUCUCGAAAGGUUCGAUGGACUCAAAAUAUGGCUUACAAAAACUAAAACGCUAUAACCACAGGUUGCAAAACCAUAACAAAACGUGUACAAUGAGACACUAUUUGAUGUCAUAUGUUCCUUAUUUUAGAUCGCAAGGAUCUUUAGCAAAAUUAGAAGGAGAUUCAGCAGACAGCGACACCCAAUUAACCAAGCUCGAUGUAGUCCUUACCUUCCAACUAGAGGUGGUGGUAAUGGAAGUAAAAGGGCUUAAGUCAUUAGCACCAAAUCGUAUAGUUUAUUGUACAAUGGAGGUGGAAGGGGGUGAAAAACUUCAAACGGAUCAAGCAGAAGCAUCGAAACCCAUGUGGGACACACAAGGAGAUUUUUGUACGACUCAUCCUCUUCCAUCAGUUAAAGUAAAAUUAUACACCGAAAAUCCAGGUAUGCUCGCUCUCGAGGAUAAAGAGUUAGGAAAAGUGUCGUUGAAGCCCACUCCCCUUUCGUCCAAGGCACCAGAAUGGCACAAGAUGCAAGUUCCAAAAAAUCUCCCCGAUCAAGAUUUGAGAAUUAAAAUUGCAUGUCGUAUGGAUAAACCGCUCAACAUGAAACACUGUGGGUAUUUAUAUGCUUUGGGGAAGUCGGUAUGGAAAAAGUGGAAGAAGAGAUAUUACGUUUUGGUUCAGGUGUCUCAAUACACUUUCGCCAUGUGCAGUUACAAGGAAAAGAAGUCGGAACCAUCCGAGAUGAUGCAACUUGAUGGAUAUACCGUCGACUACAUUGAAGCUUCCAGUGCAACUUUGAUGGUUGGAGCUGGUAAGCAUCUGGAAGGCGGUCGUUACUUUUUUAAUGCUGUUAAAGAAGGCGACAGCAUUCUUUAUGCGAGCGAUGAUGAGAACGAAUGUCAUCUUUGGGUAAUGGCUAUGUAUAGGGCUACUGGACAGUCACACAAACCAACACCCCCUGUGACUCUUCAGGACAAAAACUCGACAAUAUCAAAAAUUCAGGGUGAUGCUGAUCGCGCAAGAAAGCAUGGAAUGGAAGACUUCAUAUCAGCAGACCCCUGUCAGUUUGAUCACGCAAUUUUAUUCAAAACUCUUCAAAAUCUUACCCUGGAAUAUCGUCUAAGUGAUCCGUAUUGCUCAUUGGGUUGGUUUAGUCCUGGACAAGUGUUCGUGUUGGACGAGUAUUGUGCUAGGUAUGGCGUGAGGGGUUGUUAUCGCCACUUAUGUUAUUUAUCAGAUUUGCUGGACCGUGCUGAAAAGAAUAUAAUGAUAGAUCCAACAUUAAUACACUACAGUUUUGCAUUUUGUGCUAGUCACGUCCAUGGUAAUAGCAAUGAAAUUAGGCCCGAUGGAGUCGGAAGUGUUACUACUGAAGAGAAAGAUAAGUUUCAGGACGUUAAAGAAAGACUGCGAGUAUUGUUGGAACACCAAAUAACUAAUUUCAGGUAUUGCUUCCCAUUUGGAAGACCUGAAGGAGCUCUCAAAGCCACUCUCUCUUUGCUGGAGAGGGUGCUUAUGAAAGAUAUCGUCACCCCAGUGCCUCCAGAAGAUGUUCGGUGUAUGAUAAAAAAAUGUUUAGAAACUGCGGCUUUAGUUAAUUAUACUAAGUUGUCAUCGGAAGCAAAAAUAGAAGAGGACUUACGAGGAGAAACAAUUGUACCACCAAACAAAAAAUUGGAUGACCUAAUUCAUUUAGCGGAACUUUGCGUUGAUCUUUUGCAACAAAACGAAGAACACUACGCUGAGCAGCUGCGCACUGCCGAGCAGCGACCGUCGCCGUCGCAGGCGAGUCAAGUUAGUGCGAGCGUGGAUACAAACGCAUGCGCAAAGGCUACUGCGACUAGUGCGACAGGGGGCGCGGCCUCUGCGGCACGUGACGCCAGCAGCAAGCAACAAAGCUCUGCCUCUGUGUUCCGCUAUUGCAUGCCCUCGCAUGCCACAUACACCCCACCAGAUCCUAUGGCUUUUGCCUGGUUUAGUGACCUAUUAGUAGAACACGCUGAAAUAUUUUGGUCUCUUUUUGCCGUCGAUAUGGAUAGAGUUUUAGCUGAGCAGCCACCGGAUACUUGGGAUUCUUUUCCUCUAUUUCAAAUUCUUAAUGAUUAUUUAAGAACCGAUGAUAAUCUAAAAAAUGGUCGCUUUCAUCAACACCUGCGAGAUACUUUUGCGCCAUUGGUUGUACGUUAUGUUGAUCUAAUGGAAUCGUCGAUUGCUCAAUCGAUUCAUAAAGGUUUUGAAAAGGAACGAUGGGAAAUUAAAGGCAAUGGAUGUGCUACUUCUGAAGAUCUGUUCUGGAAGUUAGAUGCGCUACAAUCUUUCAUAAGGGAUUUGCAUUGGCCAGAUGCUGAAUUCAGGCAACACUUGGAGCAACGUUUGAAAUUAAUGGCAUGUGAUAUGAUUGAAUCAUGCAUUCAAAGGACCGAAAAUGCUUUCCAACAGUGGCUUAAGAAAUCCGUAACGUUCAUUUCUACCGACUACAUUAUACCUUCCGAAAUGUGCGCAAUGGUUAACGUUAUCUUGGACGCUAAAAAUCAGUCCUUUAAGUUAUGUGCUGUCGACGGAAUUGAUGUUCAUCAGUACCAUACGAAGAUUGAUGACCAAAUUGAUAAAACACUUGCGGCAAUGACUCAAGGAAUGAUUGAUAAAUUAACAUCCGUAUUAGAAGCUACGUUGUCUAAAUUGUCGCGAUAUGACGAGGGAAGCCUUAUUGGUUCUAUUCUCAGUUUUACGAAUGUAUCUGGGACGGGACGGGAUAUGGGACAAGCUUAUGUAAAUUUUAUGCGUAACUGCAUGGACCAAAUUCGAGGAAAGAUCACAGACGAAUUGUGGAUCUUGAACUUUUUCGAGCAAUGGCACACUGCUCAGAUCAAUGUGCUUUGCAACUGGUUAUCUGAACGACUGGACCAUUCGUUACAUCCGUACCAAUGCACGUGCCUUGCAGUUAUUGUGAAAAAAAUUUACUCAGAUUUUGAACUUCAGGGUGUGAUGGAAGAUAAGUUGAAUUCAAAAGCUUAUCAGACAAUUGCCCAACGGAUGGCUACUGAGGAAGCUGCCUAUGCAUUAACAUUAGGUCAAGCCGAAAGGGAUGCAGAAGGAUUAGAGGAAGACGAUAGGACUAAAACAAAGGCAAACAUAAUGGAAAGUUUAAGCGAGGAUGGAAAUUAUGUAUCAAACAUAAGCAAUAUGGUAGCUGGAAGAGUUGGGAAUAUUUUUGGUAAAGGAAUUGGAGGAUUAAGCACCAAAUUUGGAGGAGGAUCGGGAAGUUGGUUUUAAAUGAAAUCAGCUUUAACAGUUAUGAUUGUAAUUUAAUAACGCAGAAAAAAAGAUCGAAUUGCUGUAAGAAGUUUGUGAUUCUGUAGAACAUUUUUAUCUCUUCUAUAGAUCUUGUUGACAACUUAAAGAAGUUUAUCCGCGGAUAAUAUGAUAUAUAAAAUAAAACAUUAUAAUUUAUAAGCAAUUCUACAGUAGAACUGAAUAACUGACACAUGUAAUAUACAAUUGUUAAUUUAAUAUAAAAGUAAUUAAUUAGUAGGCAUCACUAUUGAUUUGUAGGUUGUAUUUUUUAUAUUUUAUAUUCAUUUUGAUGGGCUAGAAUAAUUUUUGUUGCUCGCUAUAAAAAUUGUUACUCCGAACUCUUUGUAAAAAAUUAUUAUUGAUAAAAGGAUA